AUUUCCGGGGUUGAUGUUGCCAGGGGAAGGUGUGCGCCUGGGACCUGUUGGAAAUGACGAGAGAAGAAAUCGGAUUUAAAGACAGAAAAGAAAAACAAAGCCUUGGAGAUAGGAAGUAACUGCUAACCUGCGAGUGAAGGGUUUCCUUUUCGACCAUGGAGACCCUAAUGAGCGCGGUGGCCCCGCGGCCUCCGGCCCCGGUCAAGCGGACGCCGGAGGUGGACUUCCGUUCGGGAGCGGUGCUGGAGCAGCUGUCCGCGCAGGUGCUGGAGCUUGUGCAACUGGAGCAGGGCGAGUUUGGGGACCAGACGGCGCUGGAGGUCCAUACCGCAAAGGACUACAUCUUCAACAUGCUCGGGCUUGUCCAGAAGGUGGAUCACAGGUUACCGGUGGCCAAUGAGUACCUGCUGCUUUCGGGCGGGGCCCGAGAGGGGGUUCUGGACCUGAACCCGGAGGACCUGGGCGACUACGCCCGGGGCGCCGACUUCGACCUGGACUUCACCCUGCUGGUGCCCGCGCUGAAGCUGCACGACCGGAACCAGCCGGUGACCCUGGACAUGCGCCAGUCGGGACCCUGCCACUCCUGGCUCAGCCUGCGGCUGUGCGACCCGUCCACGCUGGCCCGCUGGAGCCUGUGCUGCCAGGAGGAGGAGGCGGGGCCUGAGGAGGGCGGGGCCUCGCCGGGGGAGGAGGGGGAGGAGCCUCCCGGCCCCGCCUCCAUCCCCUCCCUCCAGCCGGCCGGCCCGCUGGACGGCUCCUACUUCUCCCCGCUGCUGGUGGCCGACUGGUUCUGGGGCGUGGUGGGGCGGGCGGUGGCGGAGCUGCGGAGGAGCCCGCAGCGGGGCACGCCCGUCCCGGAGCGGGUGGAGCGCAACGGGCCCCUGACCACGCUGAUCCUGACGGCGGGGCGCAGCCGCGUGCUCUACGACCUGCUGCCCGUGGUGUCCUUCCGCGGCUGGCCCGCCGUGGCGCAGGGCUGGCUGACCGCCAACCACUUCUGGGACGGCAAGAUCACGGAGGAGGAGGCCAUCAGCGGCUUCUACCUGCUGCCCUGCUGCGCGCCGCUGGGGGGCCGCCCCGACCGCGAGUGGCGGCUGGCCUUCUCGCGCAGCGAGGUGCAGCUGAAGAAGUGCGUGCCCCCCCCCAUGGCGCAGGCCUUCCAGGCCGCCAAGGCGGUCAUCGCGCGGCUGCUCUCCCGCCCCCCCCGCGCCGGGCUCAGCCCCUACCACCUGCGCACGCUGCUCUUCUGGGCCUGCGACCGGCUGCCCCCGGCCUACCUGGGCGCGGCCGAGCCCGAGUCGCCCGGCCGCCUGCUCCUGGGGCUGCUGGACGACCUGGCGCACUGCGUCCUGGGCAAGCACUGCCCCAACUACUUCCUGCCGCAGUGCAACAUGCUGGAGCACCUGUCGGACGGCGCCGCCCUGCUGGUGGCCCGGAAGCUGGCGCACCUGCGCUCGGACCCCGCCGAGCACCUGCGGGCCGCCGUGGACCAGGCGCGGCAGGCCGGCCAGCUCAGGAGGGAGGCGGCCGGCAGCAACGGCCACGCCCCCUCGCCGGGCCACUCCCCCGGCGCCGGCCCCGGCCCCGCCCGCCAGGACGACCGGCUGGCCCAGCGGCUCCAGCAGCUUGUCACCGAGAACCCCGGCAAGUCCAUCUCCGUCUUCCUCAACCCCGACGACGUCACGCGGCCGCACUUCCGCAUCGACGACAAGUUCUACUGACGCGCGGCGGCGACGAGGCCCGGAACGUUCUACUGACGCGCGCGGCGACGACGAGGCCCGGAACGUUCUACGGAAGCACGCAAUGCCCCAGAGCUUGGAAGCUGGGGCUCUUUAAUGCCCCAGAGCUUGGAAGGGGGGGCUGUUUAAUACCCCAGAGCUGGAAGCUGGGGCUCUUUAAUGCCCCAGAGCUUGGAAGCUGGGGCUCUUUAAUGCCCCAGAGCUUGGAAGCGGGGGCUGUUUAAUACCCCAGAGCUUGGAAGUGGGGGCUGUUUAAUACCCCAGAGCUGUAAGGGGGGGCUCUUUAAUGCCCCAGAGCUGGAAGGGGGGGGCUCUUUAGUGCCGUAGUGAAACGCUGUAAAGGGGCAGGCUGGUGGGAACUGGGCUUCUCCGCGGUGCAGCACUACAGCGGGGGAAUCGGAGAGCGUUUCUUUUUCUUUUCUCUUUUAGGUUUUCGGGUUUUUUGUUCCUGUGAUUGUGCCGGGCGGCGUUCUGAAGGAGGCUAGCACGGGGGCUCGUCCAGCUGUUACUUCUGAGGCUGCGGUAACGAGGCCCUUUAACGGGUUUCGCCGUUACGAGAACGCAGAGACGUUUUUUGUUUUUCCGGCUGGUGCUUCCGAAAACC